AUGGCCAAAAGCUUGCGGAGUAAAUGGAAGAGGAAGAUGCGAGCUGAAAAGAGGAAGAAGAACGCCCCCAAGGAGAUGGCACGCCUGAAACAAGCCCUUGGUCUGGGCAAGAAAGGCGAGGAUGCCGUGAUGAGCGACGUGCAGGAGAUCGCCACCGUGGUCCCGGUUGAGAAGAUCAAGAAAGAGGCUGACGUCGUCACGGAGGGAGACGGAAACGACGAUGGCAGCAUGGACUUGGACAGCAAGCGCAACAAGAAGACACUGCUGAAUGAGCACGGACAGUAUCCGGUGUGGAUGAACCAGCGGCAGGCCAAGAAGCUGAGGACCAAGCGCAAGGCUCAGAAAAGCGGCCAAAAAGGAAAACCAUACAAGAAGAAGGGCAUUGCCUGGUGAAAAGCAUUGCAACAAAAAUAAAAAAAGACUCUGGAGGCAAUCGGUCUUUCCACGAUGACUGCCACAAUGUGGAUAACAUUGAUGUACCACAGAGGCUCUGUUUAUUUGGAUGGAACAGUAGAAACACUUUGGAUGGACACAAUAAGUAAAUUUUUGUUUCAUCCCCCCCCCCCCCCAUAAUGUGCAUCUAAACAACUGUAAAGCCAUUAGUGAUUUACCAAUACUACUCAAUUGAGCCAUAAAGAGUUGACAAAUGUAAA